GUUCGAGCCCACCCAGGGACGACCGCCCCUUAUUUUCCUACUCGAGCGCGGCUCCGCAGCCCCGGCAUGGGCGCUUCCCGCGGGUCCUGCAGCGGCUCCGGGACAGCCCCGCCCGCCGCGGAUGCGCUGGGAUCGUUUUUGGGUCGCGGCUGCCUGCGGAACCCAUCCCCCGGGCCGCGUUUCCCGCCGGAGCGCUGAGGCGGUGCCCGCCGGACCGUUUAGCGGGUGCACCGCGCCCAGAGGUUGCGUGAAGGGCUGAGGAGAGAUGGCGGCGCUGGGCCGUCUGCGGCUCCCCGCGCACGCCGUGCUGCGCUGGCGGCCCGGCUCUGCGAGCCCCGUUGGCGCUCAGCUGCUCCAUCAGACUCCGGCCGAUCGCGCUGACAGUUCUGUGCAGGUGCAGAAGAGCUCUGCUGUUGUGCAGAGGAAAUCCUACGUGCCCAGCAGCCGAGGCGAGUACGUCAUUGCCAAGCUGGAUGACCUGGUCAACUGGGCACGGAGGAGCUCCCUGUGGCCCAUGACCUUCGGGCUGGCCUGCUGUGCCGUGGAGAUGAUGCACAUGGCAGCCCCUCGCUACGACAUGGAUCGUUUCGGGGUCGUGUUCCGCGCCAGCCCCCGCCAGGCCGACGUCAUGAUCGUGGCAGGGACCCUCACCAACAAAAUGGCCCCAGCUCUGCGCAAGGUCUAUGACCAGAUGCCAGAGCCUCGCUACGUGGUGUCCAUGGGGAGCUGUGCCAAUGGUGGGGGCUACUACCACUACUCCUACUCCGUGGUGAGGGGCUGUGACCGCAUCGUGCCCGUGGACAUUUAUGUGCCAGGUUGCCCACCCACAGCUGAGGCUUUGCUGUACGGGAUCCUGCAGCUGCAGAGGAAGAUCAAACGGGAAAGGAGGUUGCAGAUCUGGUACAGGAAAUAACUUUUAUUUAUGUCCCACUCAGUGCCCUGGGCACUGCUCACAUUCAUUCACGCACAAAUCCAGUUCCUCACGCGCCUUCCAAUAAAACUCUACCUGCUCCA